AUGCUUCGUAUGAUACAGGAAGCGAAAUAUGAAUUUCGAGCAGAGCAAUGGUCUCAAAUCACUUCCGAUGCUAAAGAUUUGAUCAGCCAUUUGCUAGUAGUUGAUGUUCAUCAACGUUUGACGGCAAAUCAGUGUUUGAAUCAUCCAUGGAUGAAAACUGCUACUGUAACACUAAAAAAGAAUGUGAUAGAGCAACAACUUAUUGUUGAAAAACGAGAUUACAAAAAACUUUGGAAAUACGGUAUUACAAUGGUGCGAUUUUUCGUACGUUUAACGAAUAUCAAAGUAUUGAAAUUACUGAUUGAUCGUGAUGCAUUGAGGCAACGUCCAUUUCGUGAUCGUGAUAUUCGACACGAAUCCGAAGCUGCUGUAUUUGAAGUCUACGGACAUUGGGUUAAUCGUGGCUUUUACUAUUCACGCGACAUGUUAUUCGCUAAUAAACCUAAGCCAAAAUACAGAAAAGUGGAAAUUAUGGUCAACUAA